UUUCUUCUUCUCAAAACCUCAUUGUCUUCGUUUGAUGUUAUUCUAUCGACUCUCAUGGAUCUUAUGUUUUCUAUUCGUAGUGAGAAAACCUGUAAAAUUGUUUCUGCCCCUGUAUGCGAAGUCAAGAACUGUAACCAUCGUUACGUUUGGCAACAUGGCAUUACAAGGUGAUGUAGCCAUGGCAUUGCAAGGUGAUUUUUCUCAAGGCUUUGUUUCUAAUUCAAAAGGUUCUGACCAGAUUGGGGAUGCAAUCUCCUCAGAAGAUGCGGCAUGGGUUGAUUCUUGCCUGGUUUAUGAUCCUGAACUGUCUGCUAGUGGUUGGGAUGCUCUAAAAGAUGUGUUGUUAGAUAUUGUCAAUUCACAAUCCCGUUCACACUUUGAGACCAUGGAAACUGAAAAUGAUUUUUGUUCACAUUUUGAGGCUAUGGAAACUGAAAAUGCUUCACAUUCCAGAGGAACUUCUGGUGAGCUCCUAACCAUGAUUGAGGAUGAGGAAGCAGGAGCUGCACCAUAUCCAGAGGGAACUGAUGAUGACCUUGUUCCUGCAAGUGAAAAGGUUGAAACUGCAAUAUACCGGAGUUACUUGAGAAGUGACUUCUUGUUGAAACCUUAUAAUCGUGGUGAAAAUUGUAACACUGGUGGAGUUGAUUUAUGCUGUACAAAUGAGAUUCAUUCGUCUUGUGAUGGCAUCUUCAAGGUCUGGGAUCUGGAUACACUUACCGAGGAAGAUGAACUCAUCAAACAGUUGAAGGAGGCUCUUGCUGAGAGUUCGCUGCGUGAUAUACCAUCAACUCCAGGUGGUCAUGGCACUAAUUCAAAUAAGGAAGCACUUCGUGAUCUACUCGCUGGCAUUGCGGAUCUGUCUUUGCGUCAAUCCCCUGGCUGAAGAUGUUCUCCUUAUAGGCCUCAGAAUAUAUAUAUUGAUGCUUUUAUUGCUUCAGAACACUAUUAAGUUUGUUAAUCUUGGCAAGAAAAAUGAAAAAAGAUUUAGGUAUUGAGGCUUGAAUUUCAAAA